UAGAAACUAUAAGUGUUCUUGGGGUUUUAAGGUUUUGGGGCAGAUCAUCAACAAAAAGAGAUUUUGUCUCAAUCCUUCCUUGUGUUGAUUCGAUUACAUUCAUCAAAACAAGAGAUUAUUCUAAUCUCUUGAUUGAGCGAAGUAGGUCUCAAGAGUAAUAUCUCUUCUCUCAGGUUAAUAAUAAUUUCUCCAACACUGCUCCAAAACGAUUACAGCCGUCUUCCUCUCUCUCUCUCGGACUCUGAAUUGUGCUUUCUUCGUUAAAGUAGUUUACAAGAGUCGUCUUGAAUAAUGAUGAAGAAGGCUACGCCGGAAGAGGCUUGGGCUGUAACACGGGUCUUUUGGGACAUCAAGAUGUGCCCUGUUCCCGAUGGCUUUGAUCCUCGCCUGGUCCGUCCGUGUAUGUCAAUGUUCUUGGAGAAGAAAGGUUACCUUGGUCUUCUCAACGUCACUGCCUUUGGCGAACUUUCGGACGUCCCUAUUGAAACUCUGAGUGGGGUCUCUUCCAGUGGAAUAAAACUUACAAUUGUUCCCCGCGGUGGUAAUUUAAUAGGCAUUGUUGAGAAAAAUCUACUUCCAGCCAAUUUUAUGGUCAUAUCCGAUCCAAAAGCCUGCCCUGAUUUAGCUUCCUUUCUACAAAUGUUCGGCUGUAACCCUAUCCUGCCAUGACCAUUUCGCUCUAUACUUGCGGAACUUGAACAACUUGAAGAACUUAUGAAAGGUUCACGGGCACGUGUGUCAGAAACGGCUGAAUUUGGGUAUUGGCAUUGCUUAGUAUGCGACCGUGAUUCUUUAGGCCAACGCUCUUUCAUCAAACAUCUAUCUGAUGAACACCAUAAAGAAAAGAUGCAAAUGUUUGCUAGGAAGAGAGCUACGAAUAGGAUGCUUCCUCGUCAAAGUGUAGAUCCAGACGUUCAUGCAAGACGAAUUUGGUCUUCUUGUGACACGACACUGGUCUACUGGGACAUCAAUUCGUGUCCGGUUCCCCCUGGCUGUGAUGCUAGUCUGGUCGCUCCGUGCAUCAAACGGUUCUUGACCGAAGAAGGCUGCUCUGGUCCUCUCUCCAUCAUUGCCAUUGGAAGACUAACAGAAGUCCCUAAUGACAUCUUGAGGAAAGUCUUUUCCAGUGGAAUCAGUCUUCACAACGUCCCCUACGGGCCCUCAGACACUGAGGAUCUUAUUCUUCAUCAUUCCAUUCAUCAUUCCAGUAAUUUGAUGGUGAUAUCAAAUUCGAGAAUAUUUGGUUGUAUGCGAGACUUUAUUCAAUCCAGUUUCAACCUACUCCAUCCGUUUCCAAAUGGAUCUCUUCUUCAGAGCUUUUUUCAGUCAGACUCAGACUCAGACUCAGGGGAACUCGAGGAGGAUAACAACGGUGAAUAUCCCUUCUGUGAACAGCCCUUCUCGAUUUGCUCAGUAUGCGGCUACAAGACUUAUUUUCAUUGGGCUGAAAGGUUUACCAUUGAUUCCGCCUUUGAAAGGUUCACCAUGCAUCUGGAUAGUACAUCCCAUCAACAGAAGUUGUCGGCACUGUUGCCUAUUAGUAGGCGACUCCAAUACUUGAGUGCACCAAUAAAUGAACCUCUUGAGAAAAACCUGGAGGCUGUAACAUCGGUCUUUUGGGACCCCAGGACGUGUCCGGUUCCACGUGGCUGUGAUCCUCGUCGGUUCGGUCUGUGUAUUAAACGGUUUUUGGGGAAUCAAGGCUACUCUGGUCCUCUCACCAUCACUGCCAUUGGCGUACUAACAGAUGACGUCCCUCUUUACAUUCUGGAAGGAGUCUAUUCCGGUGGAGUCUCUCUAAAUAACGCUUUUGGCGAUAGAGCGUUUUCAGAGACUUUGGAUGGACUUAUUACUGGUUUUACCUUAAAGAAUGAACCUCCAGCUAAUAUAAUGGUCAUAUCGGACGGAAAAUACUUCACUUCUAAGUAUGCUUUCGGGCUAGAAUUGAGUGGAUACAACAUUCUUCGAUGUGAUUCUCUUGAAAGCAUUUUUUCUCUGCCAGAUUCAGGGGCACUUGAGGAUGAUGAGUGCAUUGAUGAAAUGAGUGAGUCUGCCUUCUGGAUUUGCUCAAUAUGCGACAUGGGUAAACGUUACCAAGGUUUUCUAAAUUUCAGCCGUCAUGUAUUGAGUAGGCCACAUUCACUGCAGUGGGAGAAGUGGCACUUAUGCAGUGGGCGAAGGCGAGUAUAAGAAGAAGUGAAGAACCAUGGUGUUUGUUUAAAUAAGUAAAACUUAUAUGCUUUUUUUUUUGUCAACAGACUUAUAUGCUUAUUUUCAAGUCUCGUUUGUUUGUUUGUUUGUAUUACACUACUUUAAGUAAAAGAGAAACUCAUGG